AUGAAUAUCAACAUGUUCAAGUCCGGCGACAGCCUUUUGGAGGUCAAAGGGCCAUCUUUAGAUGAGCUACCACCAGUCCAGGAGCUUCCACUCCCCCCAAAUUUCGUCUGGGGCGCUGCCACGGCUGCAUAUCAGAUUGAAGGAGGAGCAUACCAGGAUGGCAAAGGGAAAUCCAUCUGGGACACGUUUAGCCACCUGGAACCGUCGCGCACAAAUGGCGAAAACGGUGAUGUGGCCUGCGAUCACUUCAAUCGGGUGGCAGAGGAUGUGAAGUUAAUGGCCUCGUACGGCAUGGAAGUGUAUCGCUUCUCGAUUGCCUGGACGCGAAUCAUCCCAUUAGGCGGGCGUCAUGACCCUAUGAACGAGCAAGGAAUCAGCUUCUAUAACAAUCUUAUCGAUCAACUCUUACUACAUCACAUAGAGCCGGUUGUGACACUGUACCAUUGGGACUGUCCUCAAGAGGUAUACGAUCGCUAUGGCGCUUUCCUUAAUAAGGAGGAAUUCCAAGCCGAUUUUGAACACUAUGCAAGGAUCUGCUUCUCCCGCUUUGGUGAUCGUGUUAAGAAAUGGGUUACUUUCAAUGAACCUUACAUUAUCGCAAUUUUUGGUCACCAUAGCGGCGUGCUUGCACCCGGACACAGCACUGCAACUGGAAGGGACUCUCGGACAGAACCAUGGCAAGUCGGGCACACCCUCAUCCUGAGUCACGCCGCAGUCGUCCAAGCAUAUACAACCGAUUUCCAGAUAUCGCAAAAGGGGGAAAUCUCGAUCGUCUUGAACGGCCAUUUCUACGAGCCCUGGGACCCGAGCAGCGAUCUGCAUAUAGAGGCGGCCCAACGCAGACUGGAAUUCUACAUCGGCUGGUUUGGUGAUCCAAUCUUCCUCGGACAGGAUUACCCCGAAACCAUGAAAAGCAGGCUGGGUGAUCGGUUACCCAGGUUCACGACGGGGGAGCUUGAGCUCCUCCGCAGGCUAGCUCCGCAUAACGCGUUCUACGGAAUGAAUCACUACUCCACCAAAUAUGCACGAGCUUUACCGGGACCUCCUGCAGACGAUGACUGUACGGGAAAUGUAGAAGAGGGCUCUACUGACUGCCAAGGCAAAGAAAUUGGGCCGGCUACUGGAAUGCCCUGGCUUCGGGUUACGCCUGUUGGGUUUCGGAAGCUCAUGAAAUGGGUCUGGGAUCGAUACCACGUACCCAUUAUUAUAACUGAGAAUGGGUGUCCGUGCCCCGGAGAAAACAAAAUGACCCUGGAACAGGCGCUGGAUGAUAAGUUUCGGGUAAGAUACAUUGGCUUGUAUCUGGAUGCAAUUUCACAUGCCAUCAAUGAAGAUGGGGUGCAAGUUCUGGGGUAUUAUGUUUGGAGCUUGAUGGAUAAUUUCGGUACGUUGUAUACUGUCUUUGACUCAUCUUUACCUAUUGGCCUUUAA